GCAGCGCCUCUGUAGCUUCGGCGCCCGCAGCCCAAACGCAUCGAUUUACGCCAGCAGCGGCGUAAACCGAUCGACGGGGUCGACCAUAGAUCCCAGCCGCGCUUUCGCCCCGUGCCGGACCGUGCCCGCGCGCCGGUGGCCCCGCAAAGCCCCAGCCAACUGGGGCAGCCCCCGGCCGCCGCGACGCCGUCGACGCGCCGCCACGCCGCCUCGACGUCGUCAACGCUCGACGCCGUCGACGCUCCACGCCUGACGCCCGACCGCGCGCCUGAUACAAUAUGGCCACGGACGGCUACGUCUCGCACCAGCAACAAAAAUGGGAGACCUAUCUGGCGGAGCACCAGAUCGAGAAGAUCUUCCGGGACAUGACCUCGGACAUUAUCACGAAGCAGCCCCAGGAUUCCAUACAACACAUGAUCGAGUGGCUGCACAAGUUUAGGGAGGCGAAGACGAAGCCGAAGAAGAGUGACAAAAAAGGAAAGAAGGGCCGCGGCCGCCAGCGCGUCGUCGAGUCGUCGGACUCCGACUCCGACGAUUCCUCGGAGGACGACCGGCCCUUCGUCGCCGUCAAGCAGUCAAAAACAAGACGGGGCACGAUCGCCGCGCCGCGCCUGAGCCUGACGAAGAACUGGACGCCGCCGUCAGUCCCGAAGGAGGCGCACGAAGAAUCGUUCCUAGGACGGCAGCUCAUGACCAUCUUCUUCAUGAAAUCGUGCACGAGGAAGGAGCUCCACGUGCUGGUCGGAGCCAUGUCGACGGAGACUUAUGAGGACGGUGCCACGAUAAUCAAGCAGGGCGAGCGGGGCGACGCGUUUUAUGUGGUCGAGGACGGUGAGGUGGUAUGUAUGAAGGAUGAGGAAACAGUGCUGACCAUCCCCUGUCCCUCUACCGAAGAUCCUUCCGUGGAGCGGCGCUACUUUGGGGAGUUAGCGUUGCUGUACGACGCACCUAGAGCAGCUUCUGUGAAAGCAGUUGGUAGAGUUAAAUUGUGGGCCUUGGACAGAACUACAUUCAAGUCCAUUUUACAACAGUCAGAUGAUAUCAAGAUGAUGCUCUACUCGAAGUUCGUCCAGUCGAUUCACCUAUUCAGAGAUCUAAAGCUCUCGCAAGUGAACGCGUUAUGUGCAUCAUUACAAGCCCAGGAUUUUGAUGACGGGGACACAAUCUUCAAGCAGGGCGACGACGGCGACGCGUUUUAUAUAGUGGAGUCGGGUGAGGCCGCCUGUUUGAAAGAUGGGGUCGUCGUGUCCAUCGUGCACGAGGGCGAUUACUUCGGCGAACUGGCGCUCGUGCGGAGGGAGCCGCGGGCGGCGACGGUGCGCGCGAAAGGGAAGCUGUCCGUGCUCAAGAUCGGGGCGCGGGCCUUCAAGCGGUUGAUCGGGGUCCUCGAGUUCGACAAAGUUUACUAGUCCUCCCUUGUGUGUGUAAGGACGGG